AACCUCAGCCGCCACAAACAAACCCACCGUAGCCUGGACAGCAAGAUGGCCAAGAAAUGCCCGACGUGCGGCAAAGUCUACGUCUCCAUGCCCGCCAUGGCCAUGCACCUCCUCACCCACGACCUCAAGCACAAGUGCGACGUCUGCGGCAAAGCCUUCAGCCGACCCUGGCUCCUCCAAGGCCACAUGCGAUCCCACACCGGCGAGAAACCCUUCGGCUGCGCCCACUGCGGCAAAGCCUUCGCCGACCGCUCCAACCUCCGGGGCCACAUGCAGCCCCACUCCGCCUUCAAGCACUUCAAGUGCAAGCGCUGCAGCAAGACCUUCGCCCUCAAGUCCUAUCUCAACAAGCACUACGAGUCCGCCUGCUUCAAGGGCGGGGGGCAGCCGUCGCCCCUCAGCCCCCUCCCGAGUUAA